AUGGCGGGAAACUGUAGCAUUGUGAAGCCCCUGAUUUGCUGGCCUUUGGCUAAAGGAGGCACUGUUGUGAUCACCAAGUGGGCGGGUAUGGGACCAUGGGAGGGGACAAGGCUCAAGGUCCAGGGUCCAGGGUCUAGGGUCGACAGGACUGGAAAAGUCCCGCUGUUACUGUUGAAUCCUCGUGGCAGGCACGGUUUUCCGUCGCCGGCCGCUCUGGCAGACACGAGAAAAGCCAAAAUUCAAGUCAAAACAUCUCUCCCAAAAAGAAUUGAAUCCAAGGGACUUGUUAAACGCCCCGUGGCUGCCGAAUCCGCUAGGCUGCCGCCCUCGGGAAAUGGGGGCGCAUAAGCAUAGAAGUAGACUAGCACUACUGUACUCUACUUGCACCGAGCUAGAAAUCUUUUGUAAGGGAUGUUAUGCAAACAUUAGCACAUACACCCUGGCAACAAUGCAGGGUGAGCUUCAAUGCCCCUUU